AAUUCUCACUGCAGCCAACACUGGUUUUAAAAUCAGUAAUUUUUUUGUGGUAAAACUAUUUUCAGUGCAUUUUAAUAGAUUUACAUGAUCUGCACUGACGCAACAAAAGGUUUUGGGAUUCAUGAUUCAGCUGAUGAUUCACUUGCAAAUUGGGAGAAAGGCAAUCCAUGCAGCUUAUCAAAUUACGAUCCUUAAACUUUAAAAGUCAUGCUUAGGCAUUCUGUUGGAAAAGGUUGAAGCAUUUGCUGCUCUGCUUAUUCGGCUAUUAAGCUGUCUGUGUUUGGCUUAGAUCACAUGAAAAUACAUAUAUUUUGAGGACAUUUUUGUAGUUCUCUGUCCAAGUUACCAAUGAUGAUGAAUGAGUGAACCGCUUCUUCAAAUCUAGUUUAAAUUGAAAUAUGUUGACUCACUACCAUUACUUAGAAAAGUCAGUUUUUCCCUUUUGUGUAUAUGCAUAAAGAUAUAUUGGAGUAGCAACAAAAAAACAAUUAACAAGGUGCAUAGAUAUACAGUGUCUGUGUGUGCAACUACAAAAUGCUACAUGAUGUUAAAUGCUGUUUUAUAUAAUAAUCCGGCAGAUUGCAUGCAGCAUGUAGUCAUAGAUGCACGUGAUAAGGGCGUACGCGCUGGGUAGAAGGCGAUAGCUUAUUAGACGGUAUGUCCCUCCAGUAUGCCGUAGUCGGUCGUGCCUUCGCGGAAGUUUGCAUGUGUUUGCCAAGGUGUUCGUGCUGUGGGCUGAGCUCUAAUCGGAAUCACAAACCGGGGUACUUCACCCGACUCGUUUAGUAGGCUGGUUUGCAAGUUGUAGGACAGCAAUGGAUUUAUCCUCGGAGCCAAUAAAGAAAGUGCUUCUUAAGUACAAGUUUCGCGAUUUGGCCAUUGAGGAGCUACAGAAACUGCAGAAGGUCCACAAUGGGAUGAUGCCUAAUGUCGACACGUACACUUUUACUGACAGCUCCCAAAAAGACCUUCUGAAGCUUGUUGGAAACAUUCCGGUUAUAUAUCAAGGCCGCUCCUACAACUUGCCCAUUCUCAUGUGGCUGCUGGACUCAUUCCCGUUUACUCCACCCAUCUGCCAACUGCGACCAACCCCCACCAUGGUGAUCCGGGAGGGGAGGCAUGUAGACGCACGGGGAAGGAUAUACCUGCCUGCUCUCCACAACUGGGACUAUCCCAAGUCCUCUGUGAACAGCCUGCUUAAGGAAAUGAUCUCCAAAUUUGAGGAUGACCCCCCUCUCGCUUCAAAGCCAUCACCAAAUACUGAAGACCCAAACGAGCUCCUAGCCUUCGUGUCAAACUUGAAGAUCACUGAGGGGGGAGGCAAGCUGGAACGACAGGUCAACAAAGUAACUGUUGUAGGUGGUGGUGACCUUGGUAUGGCCUCUGUGCUGAGCAUUUUGGCCAAGUCAAAGGGCAGCAUAGACAAGUUGGUCCUUGUCGAUCUCGGCGAGGGCUCUGCUAAAGGUGGGACGAUGGACUUGGAGAUGUUCCAUCUGCCAAACCUAGAGGUCUCAAAAGAUUUGGCAUCAUCGGCAGGAUCAAAGAUCGUUGUGAUAACUGCGAACGCGUGGAGCAAUGAGCAGUCCUACGUCAGUGUUGUCCAGACCAACGUAGACCUGUACCGAGGCAUCAUCCCCGGCCUGGCUCGUUUAAGCCCCAACGCAGUGAUGCUCACAGCCUCACAGCCAGUGGACAUCAUGACCUACGUAGCAUGGAAACAGAGUGGACUCCCUCCUUCCCGAGUUAUUGGUGCCGGUUGCAAUCUGGACUCCGAGAGGCUCAACUACAUCCUCAAUGUGGAGCUGAUGGCCCAAAGCGUGGGGAAACUGGCCUUUGUUAUCGGAGAGCUAUCUGACAAUAAAGUGGCUGUUUGGACUCCUAUGGUGCCAGUGCCCAACUCCCACUCGGCACUAGUGACAUCUGACGCUACCAAACCACUGAUAGACAGAGCGUUUGACAAGCUGAAGGAGAAGGGCCAACGCUCCUGGUCGGUGGGGCUGUCCAUCGCAGACAUCACCCACAGCAUCCUGGAGGAUAAGGGGAAGAUCCAUUCGGUCUCCACGCUGGCUCAGGGUUGGUGUGGCAUCGGGACCGAGGUGUUCCUCAGCCUGCCCUGUGCACUGGGUGGCACUGGGUCGGCACGACUUGCUGGCGUGGCGUUGGGACCUGAGGAGGAUACCAAGCUGAGGGAGAGUGCCAUGACACUGAGCAACUUCCUCCUGCAGCUCAGGAUCUAGCUGCCGCCUCCAUCUGUCAACGUGGACAACUAUCUCCAUCGUCAAUUCAGUCCUGCAAAUGAGAUUUCUGGAGACCUUGCCCACUUCCCUGUUUUAAGAGCCACAGUGAGGCUCUGUGGUUUCAGUUAACCUCUGACCUAGGCUGCUAGAUCAACACCUAAAUCACACUCAGUACGCCAUGUGACAUCUAUCCACAUGGUCCACCAAAUAUAGAUCCUGGAGUUUUUGAUUCCAGAUUAACACAUUGUUGCCUUGAUGUGUUUUAUGUCAUAAAAUUGGGCCUCACUAGGUCAAAGACCAGGAACAUAAAUGUAGUGUUUUUUUUCAGAGGCCUGAGAAUUUGUAGGGGGUUUAAUUCCCCCAGGGUACAGGGCCCACAGUCCCUGAUGUGCAACUACACCUCACAUUUCUGUGUAUAUGUAAUAAUUUAAAACCAUUCUGAGAAGCAAAACUGAGCAUUUCUGCUAGCUACCCAUCACUUGAAUAAUCAUUAAAUGAACCGAAUAAUAAUAUCAAUAUGGCAAUAAUAUCAUUUUGGUCACUUUUUAGUAAAUGGGGCGGGUCUUAUAUAUUUUUAUAUCAAUGCUGAUCAGAUUUUUUGGAUUUACUAACCACCUAAUAUUUUUGACAUGCAUUACUGUCAGAAACCUUGGUAUUUCUCUUUACACUUAAAUAUAUGCAUCUACAGUAAUUUAUGUACUUAUGAGAUUAUUAUGCAAUUAAAACCUACAAGACUGUGUCCAUCAGUGGGGCACAGCAUGUUCUGCACGUCAUACUUGUCAUCUUGGAUUUUUGAUAACAUGUUACUUGAUGGGGCACAUUUUCUACUGAAGUACAAAUUAUAAACAAAUCAUGAACAAAUAUAGUUGCUACUUGAGAUAAAAGAUGCAUUACGAUUCAUUAAUAAUGAACAAACCUCAGACUGUUGUGUAACUUGUUAUUCAUUACUUGUUCCUUCAGUAGUUCCUUCAUUAGAUCACAAAGGUUUACAGAAUUGGAUAUAGGAACAAAUAUAGGAACUGUUUGGGAUAAAAACGUGUCAUGAUUCGUUAAUGAAUUAACAUGAGAUCAGUAUGUAACUAAGACUUAGUUUGUGGUUAAUUAACACAUAAGUAACAGUAUAAUACUAGUAUUUGUGCACCAUCAAGUAAAGUGUUUCCAGAUUUUUGCACACUGAGAACUGUAUGUUAAUCUUCGACAAAAACACCAAAGUUAAUUCACUGGGCUGUUUUUUAAUGCAUUUUUAAGUACAGUGUCUUCACUGACAGAUUUAGAGUGAAUCUACUUUCCCUUUUAUGUGCUCUACAUUAUUUUACAGUUAAUGGCUUAUUCAGAAUUCUUAUCCUGGCUUUUAUGAAGGAACGUUUAAUGUUGUCAGGUUGUCUGUCUUUGUGGUGUCAUGGUGGUUCCUGUGUAUCCUGUAACCUUCACGUAUCGUUCGACACUCGCACUGCAACACGUAACACCUCAGAACUGCUGUUCAGAAUCUUGUAUGUCCUUGUAGAGUUUCCUCUGAACUUUGUCUGUGUUUGAGCAUCAAAAUGAGAUUAAAGAAUGCAAACGCACAA